UCUGAAGGCUUGUCUUCUUCCAAGCCAAAUAAAAACUCAUAUUUGGCCUUGGCAACAGUCUGGGCGUGAGCCGAUACAUCAUUAUCCCACACAAGUGCUUCUGCCUGUGGAGUCAAAAUAAACAAAGUUAUCUACCUUUCAGUGAAAUAACAGGAGCAGGAACAUGAAAUCCCUCCAGGUGGGCUGUCAGGUAGAAUUUUCAGAGUGUUCAUUUAACUCUGUCACCAUCAAGAUCACCCAGAGCAGACACAGGCCAACUCAAAGUGCUUUUGAAGAGCUCACCUCUCUGUCUUCAAACACAAGCAGCUCAGUACCAAGCAGUGAUGUUGGAGCACCCAACCCCUCACAUCUUUAGUCAGUUUACCCACUUCAAGGCCAGCAGCUUUGGGAAACCAUCUCAGUUUACCACCCAGUUAGGGUUAAAAAUGCCUAGGGAAUAGUAUCAGAAAUAGCAAAUUUGAGUAUGGAUGUCAUAGAACUGAGACCCAUGGGAAAACCAUAAAUGGGGCAAGCUGCUUUCUUUGGGAGGAGAGUGGGCCUGAGAAAAGGAGGAGCAAGGGUACAACAAGGAUGAUCAAAAAUGGGAAAAAAGAUACUACGGUAUGCAACUGUGUGGCGAGUGCUGUCUGAGGGUCCCCGUUGGGUAUCCCACGCCUGACCAGCACCGUCUAGAUCCGAACAACUGCCCAACCUGUUUUUAUGACCGUACCACCCAAGUCAAACCUGCUUCUGUGGCCAUGAGGCAGGGAGUGGGCACUGGGUGGUCGCCCCGGCUAGUGGAGGAACACCUGGGAAGAGGAACAAACAGACAGAUCAAGCAUCCCAGUGCCACACAGGCAUCUUACCACUGCUUCCUACUCAUAAGAAGCAGUUUGGCACAAGAAAGGUCCCAUUUCUCAGAGGAGAGAAAGGCUGCAGGACUAAGAUUAAAAUUAGUUUUCUGAACAGGUGGGGACAAAUCAAAUCUCCAAGAUAAAGCACACACCAGCAAUAAACUGUACUGCAAAAACUGUCUGCAGUCAGCAUUAAGUUUCUUCCCAGCUGGGCAAGACGGAGCCUGUAAUUCUUCUGUCUGAAGUGACAGAUGAAAUAAAUCAUUAACUCUAUAAAUUCUUUAGUGACCUUUAAAUUCAUACCCUAUGUUUGAGGCAGCCAGUUGUUACAGAAUAGCAAGUCACUGCAAGGUUCACACUGGCAAAAGGCCUUAGCUUACAAAAAUACUCUUUUUUUUUUAAAAAAAAGCCAAAUAGAACAUUCUGCCCCCCAGGACAGUAAUAACAUUUAUUCACUUCCACCAAAUACCUUAGGGUAAGCGUCAACUACAAACAGAAAUUCAAAGUACAGGAGACACAUAAUUUACGAGAACACAAGGUCAAGGCUUUUUAAUCAGAGAUGGAUGGAAUCACAAAUCCAUACAUACCUCUAAGGCCAGCUCUCCAGCAAUUACAGUUUCUUCCAAGAGCAUAUUGACAAAUAACUAGCUUGCCCCAUGCCCUAGAACUGUUUUGCUCCAGGUGUUCCUGGUCUUUCACCCUUACUUCUCCCACCUUUCUGCACUGCAGCAGUUCUGCAGGAUUUAGUCCAACACAGCACUGUAAUAAGGGGGCAGUAGAUCUUCCACAGGGGUGGAAGAUCGCCUAUAUUUACCAUUCACUGGUCCAGCUGUUCAUCACUGGGCCUCCAAUGGGUACUUUGAUGAACCUGCUAACACUAGCCUAUCAAAUACUUAGGGAAAAAGGUGAUGAAACAGAUGAAAGGCUUUCUAGCACAAAGAUGACUGUCAUGAGCAUGAUGAAAUGAGCUUGGAAGAAGCCUCCAUGUCUCCCCUGCUUUAACAGGUCUGCAUUUAUUUGCAGGAAGCGGGGCUGGAAGGUCUAGAAAGGGAACAUCUGGACCCAGGGCACACAGGAGGAGGCCCCUUGGUCUGGCAAUAGCCUGGACAGGAGUGGCUUACAGAGCCAGACAAAAACUCAGCCUACCCAGAUGGAUGUGAAGGGAGAGAAAGCUAAACAUCUAGCUGGUGCCAAAUCCCACUCACAGAUGAAUGAAAUGGAAAAUCAAAUGAACAGAGCAGUCCAGUUCUUAAGCCAUCAGAAAUUUCUAGUCUGCACACCUCUGCGACACAGCACCUCCAUCCCUCAGCCAUGCUCUUCGAGGCUUUACAGACAUCUGAGCUUCCUGCCCAUGAGAACAUUUUCCAAGGGGAGCACCAAUUGAAGAAUAUCAUGGUCUUGUUCUCUCCCCACCGUUUGCCGCUGAGCGGAGAGAAGAGCUGGGCUCCAUCUCUGUGGGUCUCAGUGAAGGGGAUGACAUUGUUCAUGGCUGCUGGGACAAGGAAUGGAUUUAACAGAAGCUAAUUGGAUCAGAAAUUGACUGAAGUGUGAUCAGAGCCAUCUUCUCCCCAGCACAACUGAGGCAGAAGCUAGAAGUCACACCAACAAAUUUCACGUAAGCCACCUGCUGUGCAAACGCUGGGGGACUGAAAAGAUGUUGUUGCAAGAGCAGUUUGCUUGCUUGCUAAGAAAGUGCAAAUUAAGGAGUGCCCGCACCAACAUCCUUGGGCAGCUGUGUCCCCACAGUCGGACAGGAACCACCAGGCAGUUUCAGCCAUGGUAGGAAGGCAGAAGACACCACAGGUGACACAUCCUCCAGAAGCAGCACAACACAGGCUAGCGUCCCGUUAUUGAAGAAGUUAAUACUACUUCUUUUUCCCUCAUCAGGUCACAGCAAGUCCACAGGCAAGAAAGCUGAUGAAAACCAGAACUCGCUGGUACCAGAAUUUGUUUUCUUUUGAGAAAAGGGCUUUCCUGCUAAGGGUUCUUCCUUUAAUGCUGAAAUGCAGCCAUAUCCCAGGCUUAAGUGCAUCUUGCCAUCACAUUUGGCAUUUGUUCAACCUGGGAGAUGCAGUUAUUACCCCAAUGACACUUCCUGUUUGAAAACUGUUGUAAAAAAAUAAUGAGUACACUUUGGAGAUAUGCCACCUCUUCCACUGUGCUAUUUCACACUCAGAAGAGAAAGCAAGCCCUAUUCAUCCCUUGUGAAAAAAGGGAGGCUUGCACUGUAUAAUCUGUGCUGUUUGGGUUGUUUUCUUACCGCUGGCGAGCUACUGUAUCACAGACUCAAGACAAUGCCCUCUUAUUCAGCCCUUUCACCAGGUGUCCAGAAAAUUGUCUUGGCUGCAGCAUGAAGUGCUUGGCAAGCCUGACAGUGACCACUGCCUCGGUCUGUCUGCCUUGGCAGCCCACCCUCAAAAGCCAGCUCCAGCCCCUUCUCCUUAGGCUUAGCCCAGCGGUCGCAGCACUGAAAACCUUUCCGUGCAGUUAUGGGAGCAAGCACCACGCACUUGCUGGAGCUGGUGGCCGAAGCACUCGGUGGAGGUGGAAAUGGAAAUGCAGAGUUCCUCCUUUGACUCACAGCUUGAUCCCUGACGGACAGCUUGAUCCGGUGCCCCGGCAGGUUUGUUGGGUUACAGCAUCCAGGAAGUACAGUCAAUGCAGGAGCAAUUCAAGCUUCAAGGGCUAGAUAAUACCCGAGCUCCUCUGACUCCUGAUUCAACCCUGUAGCAACCUAGCCCGCACCCAGAGGGCUAGCCCUCACCCCACCCUGCUUUUAAGCCCCAUCCACAACCCGCCUUCCUCAUCACUGUAAUGCAGAGAAUAAAUGCAUUAGCACCCCAGGAGCCUGUGGUCUCUGACAGGAGCCGGCACAACAGCAAGAGGCAUCUCGGAGCAAGGAGGGGCUGUGCUCAGGAAAAGCACCUGGAAACAUACUGCAGAAGCGUACUUCAAACAGUGCCCUCUCCGAGAGGAACAGGACACUUAGGGCUGCUCUGAAAGUGUCAGGCAGACACUUAGAGCUGGUCUCAAACAGCCUUUUCAUCCCACAGAAGAGUACAGUUUCUACCUCCCACCAACCUCAUCUCAGUGCAAAGAGGAAAAAAAAGGACUGGAAAUAGCCUCUGUUACCAUUGGUGCCAGAGGACAAGAAUACCUUCAGAAAGAGACUCAGAUAUUUAUCUUUAAGACGCAAAUUGCUCAAGACCUAAAUUUGUCUAUCUCUACAUGGUGAUGAUCCGGAGCAGCUCCCUAUCAUGCAUCAGCCAAAACUCCAAAGGGAAGGACCCACACAACACAGUUUUAUGACCCACUGGGAUGUGAUGAACCCCCCCCAGGGCAGACAGCGGGUCUGGGUGGGAGAGCCACAGAAUCCCCGCCCCGCCAGAAGCCAGGCGCUGCUUUAGGUGAGGAACCAGCUGCAAGGAAAGUUCCCUUCGUGGAGAACGGGUGGCACAUGUCGCUGAGCUCCCACCCUUCCUGGUUGAACCCACAAGCCUCGCACCUCCACCAGCUGCUGCCCCCCAGGGACCCCCAGCACCCGCGCUGCAGAGCUGACGUGGAGGGGAACGCUCUGGCUGGUGGCUGACUUACCUUUGAGUUCUGGAGGCAGUUCACAGGUUUGCCCAAGCUCAGCUGGAGCACAGCAGCUUGGCAGAUGGUUCUCUGGUACCCUGGGGACCCACCUAAUCUUACUCUCCAGAUGCGGAUCCCUCUCUCCCUUCCUUGUGCUCCCUUCCCUAAGCCCCUACAUUGCGCUACCUCUAAAUUACUCUUUAAUCCAGCACCCAGCAGUACUCCACUCUCAGGACCCGUGCAACUAAGCAGAGGAACUCCACAAAGAAACACACGCAACACGUCAGAAAAAAAUCACCCUGCUUCCCAGGCCUGCCAGCCUGUCCCUCCAUGGAGAAGGGAUUGUUUCAAGCAACCAGCUGCAUUGCAUGCUCAAGGACAGUUUAUCAGCCACAGCCAAAGCACCUUUCCUCUUGACAGCCGUGUGUGUGGUGUGACUUGUGCCACCUCCACCACCAGCCCCAACGCUGAAGCUCUCAGCACUUUGCUCAGAGCACGCCCAUGGAAACAACCACUUGUCUGCAGAGAUGCUCCAUGGCACUGGGCCACAGUAGUCCCACAGACAGACUGCUGCUUCAUCCCACAGGAAUCAAACCCCAAACCAUCUCUUAAAUCAAAGCUGAGAAAACAAAUGCCAAACUUUCCUAGUAAGAUGGGCAAGAAUAGAAAGGUCCAUUUGUGGAACGAGGUGGGGAGGGGAAUUGCUUCGAAUGAUAUCCAGGUCUUUCAGCUAUGCAGUGUGACAACAGCAAAGAAAUUCUUGCUGAAAAAAACACCGACUAGCAUGUUCAUUAGGAUCCUCACUGCUCUUUCCCUUCUCAAUUUGAUGUUAAUAGAAAUGGCAAUAGCAAAUCAGAUAACGUGCUCAAGCACCAAUAGCACCCCUUUCACAGAGGCAAGUUAUGCAAGAAUUUUCUUUAUGUAUCAAGAAGUACGAAGUUUUUUAUUGUAUCAAGUUUUGAAGGGAGCAGCGUGUAACUUUCUUGGUAAUAUUUUUAACCCCACUACUACCACCGCAAAGGAUUUUCUGAUGCUAAUGAACCAAGGCUGAAAUUGAAGGGGAGCACAGGGACUCCCACAUGGUUUAACCUCACCUGCUCUCUCACCAAAGGCAUACCCCAAAACCAACAUCUCUAUAGCCAACCCCUCAGUCUGUGUAAAUCAAGACAACAAGGCCAGAUUCACAGCUAGCAUUAAACUGGUAACAUCUGCUGAAACACAUCAACUGAGGAUAUGACUGAUGGAAAAGCAUUCGAAGUAGAAAGAAGUUUCUUUCUACUAGCUAAACCAGAAAGGCUUGGAUGAUUCUCAGCAGCCCAUUACAAUUCCUUCAAACAGUGAGUGUGCAACCACCAGUUUCAUUAGAAAUAUUACAUUUAACUUUCUGUUUUAAUGGCCCUACACACAGACAGAAUUAAAGCGUGACUGAAGCUGCAAAGGCAGCAGUAA